UGUAAUAACGGCUUUUCGGCCAUUGCUAUUUCGCAAAACUGCUUAUUUUCAAAGGAGAAAUAGGUAAUAAAAAAGCAAAUGUCGAAGCGCGGAAAGUUCCUGCACCUGGCAGACAUGCAGCCCACGAUGACGCACUUUUCCACCGUGGCGCUGAUCGUGUCCAAGUCGUCGCCAAACUUCUUUUACGACAAAAUGAGCGGCACCGAGCGCGGUGUGCUGACCCUGACGAUCCGCGAUUCGCCGCUUCAUCUCACCAAUUGCAAAUGUUGGGGCCAGCGUGCCUGCGUGGAGGAGUACUCCGCCAUGCUACAGAUUGGCCUUGUCGUGGAUAUAGUGGGCGCCAAGGUGAUGUCCCAUGCGAAGGUUUCAUUAGCGGAUCAGCAGCAGCGCUACCAGCCGCAGGGCACCAUCUCCUGCGUCCUGGUGGUCAACGAGGGAUCCGGCUACCUGGUGCGCCAUGACAACGACGACUCCGCCCCUGUGUUGGCCCUGCAGCAGCUUCUCCAUCUCCCCCUCAAGCCUCUGGGGUCUGCCCUCAAGCUGGCGGACGUGCGUUCCGGCUUGAUCGGCGGAGGGGGAGCUAGCGCCUUUGUGGACCUGCUGGUCGUGGUAGCCGCCGUCCGGCCUGUGCGCGAGAUAAAACGCAAACACCAGGUGGCAUCUGGCAAGACGCAGGAUCCGUUGCACUGUCUGGAGACUGUGGUGAUCGAUGCCAGCUAUCCGGAGGGCAUGUUGUUUUCCAUAUGGCAAGCGGACUGGAUACGUCGUGCCCAGCGCUGGCAGCCCCGCCACACUGUUCUUCAUCUGGUGGACGUGCGGGUCUCCCACUCCGAUUACCAUCGUUGUCCCGUGCUCUCCCAUUCCAAUGGCACGCUCGUCUGCGAGGAUCCCCAGGCAGCCGGCUUGGAUUGUAGUCGGCUGCUGGCCUUUGCCGCCACCCAGCCGGUCAAGUCCUUUGAUGGCUACGCCCACACCGAGCUGGAUAACUUGCCAACAGCUGCCAGCAUCCGGAGCCAGAUGACGGUGCGCCAGAUCUAUAGCCGCGCCGAGGGCGAGCUGCAGGAUGCCUCCCAGGAUCAGUUCACCGCCGUGCUGUAUGGCAUGGUCACCAAGCUGGACCUGGAUGGAUUUGUGCCCAAUAUAAGCAGAAAGUGUACCGUCUGCCAACGUCCCAUACCGCGAGGCCUCGAAGAUUGUGCCACCGAAGCCUGCCAUAUAGAGUUCCUGCUGGGCAACGAUGGCCCGCGCACAAACCGAUACUUUAACAUUAAUAUUCAUUUCUCCGAUCAAACGGGCAGCCUGCUGGAGGCCCAUUUGGCUGGCAAUCCCGCCGAGCGGAUCUUGGGUCUCGAAGCGGAUAACUUUGACCAGCUGACGGAGCGUGAAAAGAGCAACCUAAAGUGGCGGUUCCUCUUGAAGUACUUUGAGGCGAGGCUGCUGGUAAAGAAGCCUGCCGGAAUGCGCCGAAACCUGGUGGUUGUGGUCGUGGACAUGCAGGCCAUUCCCCUAGCCAAGCUGGUAGAAAACAUGACCGUGUUUUAGGCCCCCCAAAGAACCCAAAUGAAAGUCUUUAUAAAUGUACAUAAAUAGCGAUUUAUAUUUCGCACAUUUUUCACACACGCACACGCACAUAAAAGUGUACAUAAAAUAGA